CUGAUCCAAGCAGAAAUCAAAACAGUAACACUUUAUAAAACCGUUACAUACACGGAAUAUAUUGAUGAUGAUGGAUAUGAUUCAAGCCCUGUCACACGCACUCAGACGAGCACUGCGCUUGUAAAUGAACCUGCCACUACCUCUAUGAAAGGAGUUUUGACUACUGCUACACCACUGACCACUAUGAGCGAUAAUACCGAUAUGAUGUCUUCGUCCUCCACUUCCCGACUUAAUAGAAAUGUAGACCCCGAAACCUCCAGCGGUAGUCUGAUGGCUACUGCUUCUUCCAAGGGUCUCCCCUCCGAUAUGUCAGCUUCCGAUAGCAGUUCUGCCAUUUUUGCUGCACCAACAGCGCAUACUCCUUCUCUUUCCAUGACCAAGCCUUCUGGUUCUAAAUCAGCCAGCCGAUCCGCUGGAGGAAACCGCAGCGGUGCUGGUGGUAACUCGGCAUUUACGUUCAGUCCCAUUACCCUUGCCCCAGAGAGCACGCGUUCAGGCGAUCGCUCCACUGGUUUGCAUAUGAUGACCGCUUCCGCCACCAAUCGCAAUUCCACAUCUUCCAACGGCGUCAACCAAGUAUCUCCCCCGGUCUUCUUGACAUUCCUUGGUUUAAUAUCUGCUAUGUUCACCUUGUAA